AUGCCUUCACGAAGCGUUGGAGCAAGAAGCGGGUGGGGACAUUUUGUCUGUGCCUGCGACACAGACAUGUCCUCCGGGAUGUUUCCCACGCCGGGCCCGGGCGUCCAUGGCGGCCCGCCGAGGACCGGCAUGGUGAUGUGGCAGCCUCAGCCGGGAGUUCGCCUGGUGAAGAUGAAUCUGCAGGGAGAGCAGGCGCCCUACCCCACAGGCAGCGCCGGUAGCACACUGUGCGCCUUGGAGGACACAAAGUCCGCGAUCACAAAGGCGGAGAUGGAGAUCAAGCCCGGGACAGCCUGUCAGGUGCUGGCAGGGUUUCCGUGCCUGUCCAAGCGCAGAAAGGAGAAGGUUGCAGACCUCGACUUUCACGGCGUUACCAGCAUAGAACCCGCAUCGCCAGCCCAGAACAAGCCAGCGGUGCAGCGCCCGGCGCAACUGGCGCAGGAGGAGAUUGAGGAGUGCCAAAACUGUGCGACGGUCCUGGUUCCUGGAGCAAACUUCUGCCACCACUGCGGCUGGAAGAAGGGUGCCAUCAAGGCCACUGUGGUACGGACAGAGGCUGCCGAAGCUGCGCAGCUGCCUGGCGCGGUGCCAGCAGCAAAGUCGCAGGCCGCGCCCGCCGCACCGCAGCAAGCCGUGCAGCUGCAGAGUGCAGCCGCAGAGCCGGCCGUCACUCCGGUCCCGAAGGCAGCUGGAGCAGCGCCAAAGGCCGAGGCAUCGCAGGCAGCAGCCAAAGGAGGAGCCAUCGCCAGGACCCCGCCAGAAGCAGGGAACUACGUCGUGGAGCUCCGGCGGCAAAAUCCCGCUGAGAGGUUUGGCUUUGGUUGGGAUGUCAAGAAGCUGGAGAAAGACAACGUGCGUGUCAUCACCAAGGUAUUGCCUGGCACGCUCGCGGCGAAAUGGAAUGAGAGCCCUCCACCAGGCUGCGAGGUCAGACCUGGAGACACGCUGGUGAAGGUGAAUGGGAAACAGGGUCGGAUCGAGCUCCUGACAGUCGAGCUCAGCAAGAUGUACGUGGUGUGCGAGUUCCAGCCGCACGAGCCUCGAGAUUUAGGAGGAGCUGGAGACAAGCAAAGCGACGAAGCCCCGCAGCCUUCUGCACCGGAAGCUACAAAACCUGGAGCUGCACCGGCACUGGCUGCCCCUGCUGCAGAAGCUGUGGCUCCGCUGGCAGUGGCCACACCUGCUGGAGCUGCAGCCGCGACGCUGCCAGCUGCAGAAGCUGUAGCUCCGCCAGCGAUAGCAACACCUCCUGCGGAAGCUGGAUCCACCCUGAAAGUGGCGAUGCCCGCAGCAGGCUCACCCCCACCAGCGCAGCCCGCUGCUUCGUCGCCCAAACCUGUUCCGGCUCCGGUCACAGAGGGCGAAGCUCCAGAACCAGUGCUGGCAAAAGACCAGCCUCCCAGCCCCUCUGCGAAGGACAUUUCCAGCCCCUCUGCGAAGGAUCUGCCCCCGAUGCCGGACGAAGCUCCCUUACCACCACAGCUGCCGCCGGAGCCGCUUGAGGCCGCGGCCGUGUCUGAUGCAGCGCCCAGCGCUUCGAGCUGUGUGGAGGUCAUUGAAACUCCUUCGGAAACGCCGGAACUGGACCAUCCGUCCAACAAUGCCGCAGCAGAGCCGGCUGACAAUGCGGAGAUUGCAGAGCCCAAAGAGGCAGCAAGGGAGCCGGCAACUGUGGAGGCGGAGGCAAAGGACGAGAAGCCGGCGGCAGAGACGACGGAAAGUUUCUACGUCGUUGUGCUGCAGCGCGGGGCGACUUCCGAGAAGUGGGGCUUCCAGUGGGAUCGCCAGGCCAUGGACACACUGAACGUCAAGGUGAUCGAGGGUAUCGCCCCGAACUCCUUGGCCUCGGAUUGGAACCGGCGCUUCCCGGACCGAGCGGCCCGGAAGGGGGACCAGCUGACGAAGGUCAACGGCCUUCGAGAUCCGGCAGGGAUGGCGGCCGAGAUGAAGAAAAAUCAGGUCACCUGCGAGUUCCGGUCGGCGCAGCCUCGCGACGGGGAAGCAAAGGUUCCGGAGCUUCGAGCCAAGCCGGAGCUGACGCCUUUGAAACUGCCGUCCGGGCCACGGUAA